UCACAUGACGUGCAAAAUGGUACUCGAAGAUUGAAUUUUUCUCUCUCUAAAUAAAUUCUAAAUAAAUUAUGGCUACAACUUUGGGAAGGUUUAAAAAUGCCAUGUCUAAGGUAAUCGUAAAUUUUAGCGGACCAGCAAAUGGAGCGGAUAGUUACUCAGAAGCCGAGAAAUAUCUACAAUACUCGAGACCAAAGUUCUUAAACUUGACGGAAGAUGAGGUAAAGGCUUCAGCAGACCAUUCCCUUCGUCCCAUUAUCGUACCUAGAGAAACUGGUCAGUCAACAUCUAACGUCUGUUUCGGUUACGCUGAGUGCAUUAAUGCAGGUAAAAGCGACCUAAAUGAAGACCAAGCUCACGUUGAUAGAAUUCUGAUAUCGCAAUUACCUGAGGAAGAGGGGAGCGGAGAUAAGGAUGAGCCGAUUGAAUGUGAGUAUUUUGGAAUUUUUGAUGGGCAUGCUGGAAGUGGUGCUGCCUUAUUAGCUAGAAAUUUUCUUCAAGAUCAUCUGCAAGAGGAAUUGUGUAAAGUGAAGAGUCUCCUCUUCGCAGAUAGACCUGCCUGCACUUGUCUUGGACCGACGAUUAUAAAGCAUGAUGAUUUGAUUAUUGGUGCCCUCGAGCAAGCAUAUGCUAGGACGGAUGAAAAAAUCAAGCAACUGAGAGCCAGCGGUGGAUGUACGGCACUAGUCGUUUUAAAAUUUAAGAAUGUAGUGUAUGUUGCCAACGCGGGUGAUUCUAGAGCUGUCCUUAUUAGAGGCGACGGUUCCCCGCCAGAAGCUCUUUCAUUCGACCAUACGCCUGACUCAGAACGCAAUAGACUAGAGGAGGUUGCCGCGCUAAAACCCCAUCUAUUGCAUGGUGUGUUCACGGCAGAUUUAUGGCAAAAGAGGCCAUCAGCGAAAGACGUUGGCUCUUGGUUUCUGUGUAAACCAGCUGGCAAGAAGGGCUGGAUAAAAAAAAAGGUUGAAGAAGAAGACUUGAAAAGUCCUCUUAUUUUUGGUAGCGCCAAGAAAGCUAGACUAUUAGCCACAAUAGGCGUUACAAGAGGGUUAGGAGAUCAUUUUCUACAAGUACAAUCUACAGAUAUAUAUAUAAAACCUUUCCUAAGCUCCAAGCCUGAAAUUCGAAAAUUAGAAUUAGAAAAAGACGACCUUAUAGUCAUGGCGACUGACGGUCUUUGGGAUGUCGUUAGUAACCAAAGUGCCGCGGAUAAAAUUAGAAACGUUUUAAAACAACACGAAGAAACUGAUGGUCGUCGAUAUAAUGCUCUAGCUUUAGAACUAGUCAUGCAGGCUCAAAAUGCCGAUGUCUCUCCAACUGGACAGCUAUCGCUGGACGAUAUAAGCGUCUUUGUAGUUCCCAUGGACAGUGCCAUUUAA